AUGGCCGCCUACGAGACCCAGGGGAAUGAGGAUGCCUUCAAACCUUAUGACCAGUUUCUUCUCUUCGGAGACUCCAUCACCCAGAUGGCCUGCAACCAAGAGCGAGGGUUCGCAUUUCAUGCUGCACUCCAAGAAUCCUACAGUCGCAGAUUAGAUGUGAUCAACCGUGGCCUGGCUGGAUAUACAACCGCACAGGCUGUCAAAGUCUUUGAUCAAUUCUUCCCUUCUCCGCAGACCGCUAAUGUGCGGUUCAUGACUAUCUUCUUCGGUGCCAAUGAUGCCUGCGUGCCAACCCACAAUCAGCAUGUGCCCUUGGAUCAAUAUAAAGAAAACCUGAAGACGAUCAUUCAGCACCCAGCGACUCGUGCACAGAACCCGCAACUCAUUUUAAUCAGCCCACCUCCCGUCAACGAAUAUCAACUGGAGGAGUUUGACGCUGCAAAGGACACCCCGUUCCCCAGCAGAACCGCCAGCUUCACCAAGUUAUAUGCAGAGGCUGCAUGCGAAGUCGGUGCAUCACUCAAUAUCCCCGUGGUAGAUUUGUGGUCUGCCUUCAUGAAGCCCACUGGCUGGCAGGAGGGAGAACCUCUAAUUGGGGCUCGUGAUGUGCCGAGCAAUGACACCUUGGCUAGUCUUCUCACUGAUGGUCUGCAUCUUACUCCUGCCGGUAACCGCAUCGUCUAUGAUGAACUUAUGAAGGUCAUCCAGGCCAACUGGCCAGAUCAGACCCCGGAGACUCUUCCAAUGUGCGUUCUCUACCACGAAUCCUUGACAAGCCCAUUCACCUUCAUGCCCCAUCAGAUAAUCCGCAAGAUUUCAUUCUCAAUGGGUGGCUCACAAUGCCUGGACUUUUCGUGUGAAAGGAUCCGUAUGUCGCGCUCCAACACAUAUCUCAAGAAGCCCGACCUCCAAGGGGGGUUCUACAUCUACCAAUGCACCUACAAGGACCACACAGCAUGCACUAAAAUACUCCAGCCAAUCCAGAAAAAGGGCCUACAAACGAUCGGGUUGGAGUUCUGGGGCGAAGAAACCGCCCUGUUACAGAGCCAUCAACUCGUGGACCAUGAUGAUGCGAAGAAGUUCGAUGGCGCGACCUCGCGCAAGGUGCACGAUGACUUCAAGGAAGACUGA